AUGGUUGUCGUCGUCCCGACCAACACCGCCAGAGACCCUUGCCAACGUCUCGACCAGUACCACCAAAAAGGGGGGACAAGGCAGGGAACGCCGCCGCUGUUGGCUCAUGCUUAUGGCCAUUGGUAUCAGCUGUCGGGACGAUUCCAGAUACUGCCAAAACGAAACAACAACGAACGACGGGAAGCCCAUCUCGAAGAUUUGGAUCGCCAAACCGACGAUCUAAGGUUCCAAAUCGAGCGAGUGGAUCGCCGUGUUGAAGGUCUUUCUGAGGGGAUCGACGAAAUCCGACUUGCCAUCCGAACCAUGAUGCACGGCAAGCAGAUGAAAUGCGACACCAUCGGCCAGGGUGGUCGCGGCGGGUUUCACGGAGGCCGUGGCGGCAGAGGGCCGUUCGUGGCGCCCCGAACGUGUUCGCCAUGUUCGACGCACGGCGUGGACGACAGCAAGGAGACCCUGUCGGCGUUCGACGGGAGCAACAAGAAGACGACCAUGGCGAGCAACGUUCGGAACACUAGGACAACGAUGGUUGGGACGUACCCUGCGGACAACGUCGCGCAACACAUGGCGGCGACAAUCGCUGGGAUGGAGUCCAUUCUCGACUUCAAGGAAGUGCCCGAUGAUCGGCGGGUAGGGUUUAUAGCGACGGGGCUUCGGGGAAGGGCUGAGGCCUGGUUCAUGCAGUUAAAAUGGAUGCGGCAUCGUAUGGGUAAACCGAAGAUUACUUCUUGGGCAAAAUUCCUUGACGAGUACACGAAAGAAUUCUAUUGGCUCCUUACUCGCAUUGAUAUUCGUGAGACCACCGCUCAAUUAGUGUCGCGUUAUAUUAGUAGUUUGCGGGUUUCGAUUCAAGAUAUGUUGAACAUGUUUAUUUCGGAUUCGGUAUCGGAUGCUCAUCAACGGGCCGUCAUGGUGGAACAACAACAGGCGAGGCGAUCUUCGAAUUUUCUGCCGGGAUCGCGAGGAGGACCUGAUACGCCACCUACGGCUAUAGGCCGAUCGUUUGGGCCUGGGCCAUCUGCAGGAUCUUCACAUGCAGGCCAGGGGACGAACCGAGCUACGACUUCGGGCCUGGGCAGCGGGCCACGCUGUUUUGGGUGCGGUGAUUUCGACCACCGGCAAGCGGCAUGUCCACGAGGGUCGGGGUCACGUGUGUUAUUUGCUGAGGAGACCGAGGCUUUUUCAGCGGCAAAGUUCAUUAUUGAUUCCGGUUCGUACGAGAACGUUGUUGCACAAGAGGCCGCGGACAAGCUACACCUUUCGACUGUACCACAUCCUCAGCCGUAUACACUUGCUUGGAUCCAACGCGACAACGCGAUUACGGUGGACCGCCGCGUUCUUGUUUCUUUCUCCAUUGGGCCUAAGUAUCGGGAUCAGGUGUGGUGCGAUGUGGUUCCGAUGGAUGCUUGUCAUUUGUUAUUGGGCCGUCCGUGGCAGUUCGAUCGUGCCGCUACGCAUGACGGUCGACUUAACACCUACAGUUUUCUUUUUGGGGGUAUUAAGAUCGUUUUGCAUCCAGGGCCACCACGACCUUGGCCGGGUCCAUCUUCUUCGUCUGUCCUUUUUCUUUCGCGUGGUGCCAUUGAGGAUGACACUUUUUGCUUGUCCAUAGAGAAAUAUCCCAAUAAUAGAAUGCUCGGUCUUCGUGAAAUUGUUAAUGGGAGUGGAACUAUAGGAGAUCCCAAGGGUAUCAUGAUUUCCAACAACAACAUUGUUACCAUAAUUGUCAGCAUAAUUGCUGGAGUAAUAUGUCUUCUAAAGAAUGUCGAUGACUCGUUGACUGUCAAUGAUGUGUAUCUAUCAUAUUCUACUUUGGCGCAUAUAUUUGAUUGUAACAUUGCAAAAUAUUUCAUCAACCAUGGAGCUGCAAUUGGAUUUUGGCGUGGGGAUAUUGGUGAAUGGCCGCCUGAUGGGAGCUUGAUGAUUGUCGAUCGCAAAAAAAAAUAUUUUAAACUCUCACAAGGACACUAUGUUGCAGUGGAAAAUUUAGAGAAUGUCGAUGGCUUGGUCCUUAAUAUUGACUCAAUAUGGGUAUAUGGGAACAAUUUUAAGGACUUUCCUGUUGCUAUUAUUAAUCCAAACAAAUACACAGUUGAGCAUUGGGCAGAAGAAAAUGUUGUACACUUUGACCCAGUCUCGUUUGACAAUUCAGACGGAGACGAGACCGGUUCGGAUUCGCGGUCGAAUCCUUUUCAACCUGGGGAGGAUGAUGGAGACGAGACCCCGAUGACAUUCUUGGAUAAAUACGACCGGCUUCGUAUUUAG